AUGUCUCACUCUAUUUCUAUGCCUACAUGGAAGCCUCCACCGUUGUCAAAACUCAAAGUCAAUUUUGACAGAGCCGUGUUUAUGGAGGAUCAAUGUGCCGAAGUGGGAGUCAUUAUUCGUGAUACAGAGUGCAGGGUGUGUGCGUCGAUGGCAGAAAGCUUCCAUCUCCUGUUUUCUAUUGCUGCAAUAGAGGUUUUAGCAGCAAAAAAAGCCCUACAACUCGCCAAGGAUCUUGGGUUCCAUUCAAUCAUCCUGGAGGGUGACUUAAAGACUACCAUUGACGGAUUGUUGAGCAAGAAUUCUCCCCUGAACGAGUAUGGUCAUCUGUUGAGUGAAGCUAAAGAAGUGGCAGAUCAGAUGGAUGUAGUAGAGUUUCAGUUUGUUCCAAGACAAGUGACCAAGUCAGCCCAUAAUAUUGCUAGACAUGCGAGACAUGUUAGCGAGUUUAUGGUGUGA